AAGGAGACCAGCCGUACUUGCAGGCUCUAUAUAUUUAGACUAAUGGGAAGUGGGGGGUUUGCAGAUUCAUCAUCAAACAGAAACACAAGAACAAAUUUUAGUCUCAAGCAAAGGAUUAAAAAGGAUCAUCACCCACACAAAGGCGUAGCAGAAAAAAAAACCUACCAAGUGAAAGAGACUGGGAAUUGAUCAUCAUUCUUCAGAAUACAGUCCAAGAGGUCUUUGGGUUUGGCUUUUCUUUCUCCUACCACCACCACCACCACUACUGAGAAGUCAGUGUGUCCACACAUAUUUAUAACCCAUAUCAAAGGAAGGUCUGUUUUUCUGUUCUCUUUGACCUUUUUUUCAGUCUAUAGAAAAAGUCUAUAUCAACUUCCAUAUCCCUUCUUCUUUUAUUCUUCCUUUUCGCUCAAGUAAGUGAUCAAUAUGAUAACAGCCUCUCCAACCAAUUAGCUCUAUACAUAUUGAAUAUACUUGGUGUCUAGUUUUUAAUUACAAAGAAAAGAUGUGUGGAUUGAAGGAAGAAGAUCAAGGACAGUGUUCUCAAACGAUUCAUGACAUUCAAGGCUAUCAAGAACAGUUUUUUCUUCAGCAACAACUCAUGCAACAGCAACAAAAUAGUGAUAUGUAUGGAGGUAGAGGGAGUUUGAUUUUUCCUGAAGUUUCACCCAUCCUACCAUGGCCUAUCACUCAGGUUCACUCUUUCAACCCGGCUAACUACACCACCAACCCGGUUCGUGAACAUGACCCAUUUCUUCUCCCUCCUCCACCACCAUCAUACGGGGGUUUGAUCAACAGAAGAGCUCCAUCCCUACAGUUUGCUUAUGACGCUUCAUCAAGUGAUCAUCUCAGGAUCAUAUCAGAUAGUCUUGGACCAAUGGUUCAACCCGGUUCAGCUCCGUUUGGUCUACAGGCUGAAUUGGGUAAAAUGACUGCCCAAGAAAUUAUGGAUGCUAAGGCCCUUGCUGCUUCCAAAAGCCACAGUGAAGCUGAGAGGAGACGAAGGGAGAGAAUCAACAACCAUCUUGCUAAGCUACGCAGCUUACUACCUAGCACCACCAAAACCGACAAAGCUUCUUUGCUAGCUGAAGUAAUCCAGCAUGUUAAGGAGCUAAAGCGGCAGACUUCUUUGAUAGCUGAAACAAGUCCAGUACCGACGGAAAUCGAUGAGUUAACAGUGGAUGCAUCGGACGAGGAUGGUAAGUUUGUAAUAAAAGCUUCACUUUGCUGUGAAGAUCGAUCUGAUCUCUUACCUGACCUAAUAAAAACCCUGAAAGCUUUACGUUUAAGAACGCUGAAAGCUGAAAUUACAACACUUGGUGGGCGUGUAAAGAACGUUUUAUUCAUUACUGAUGAUGAAGAUUCAAGCAGCAGUGGUGAACAACAGCAACAACAACCACAGUAUUCUAUAAGCUCAAUCCAAGAUGCAUUAAAAGCAGUGAUGGAGAAGACAUCUGUUGAUGAGUCUUCUUCAGGGAAUGUCAAGAGACAAAGAACCAAUAUCAAUAACCUUGGACACAGGUCUCUUUAAAAGUCACUUCUUGAUUUCCUCUUUUUUUUUUUUUUGUCAUUUAUUUUGUGGGCUUUCUAUCAUUGCAAAAUGUUUGCUUUUUUGUGUGUUUCCAUCAGUGAACAAGUAGACUAUUAUGGUGUGUUUUGUGUACUGCAGACAGUACUAGAAAACAAACAAAACAAAACACAAUGCAGUUGUGCAAAGGGGAUGAAGUCCAAAUUUUCUAUGUUAGGUUUUGAUAUAAGCUUUCUCUUGGCACGAAAAAGAUCCUUUACUGUUUUUACUUCACUAUAAAAUUCUCUCUCUCUCUCUUUUUCAGUGUGAUCAGUUUGUCGUUAGUUUGGUGGAAUUUAUGAUGAUCAUCUUAAGAAUGGUGACGAAGCUGUUCUCUUCAUGUAGCUUGUCGUCCCCACCAUCUCUGUAUAAUGAUGUUCAUACCAUUCCACUUCUGGUUGUGAGUUCAAAACAUAAAAGAACAAAAAAACUAAUGUGGCAUUUAUACGUACCACGGAAGUCUCUGAGUCAUGAGAUCAAGCGAGAAGCAUCUGUAAAUAUAAUAUAUUGUUGUAUUUCACUGUCUU